AUGUCGGCACUGAGACUCCCUGGGAGCGAGCCCUCCCAGCGCUGCGAGACCACACUGCCCGACCAGAAGCAUCCUCGCGGCUCCACUCUGGGCACCCACGCGCCUGCCGGGGCCCACCUGGCCCUCGACCUGGAGACCUUUGGGUGGCCGGCCGCGCACCACGCCAGCCGCCUGUGGGAGCAGCUGCGGCAGUUCUGGGCCGACCACUUCUCGCGGCGCUUCUCGCCGCGGCGCCCGCCACUGCGCCGCAUCUCCUCCAUGUCCACCUUCUACCUUCUGGAAUACAGCACGCGCCAGGCCGAGCUGGGCCUCGGCUACGGCGCACCGCGCACGCGCCUCAGCGAGCGGGCGUUCGUGUUCCGCGGCGGCCGCUGGACCGCUGAGGGCCCGCCAGGGCGCUCCAGGCCGCCGCCGCGCCCGCCGGCUGUCUCAGGCUGGAAGGCGCAGGUGCAGCGAGUCCACAGCCAGGAGCUGCUGGAGGAGAACAACUACCUGAGGCUGCAGCAGCAGGUGCUCAUGGACAUGCUGACCGAGGCCACAGCGCGCAUGCAGCUGCUGGAGGAGGCGCUGGACGGCGAGGCCAGCUCGGCAGGGCCGGCGCGCGCCUGGCAGCAGCGAAGGCGUGGGCGGCGCGCUCGUGCUUCAGUCCCAGUGACGCAAUAA